AUUUGUGUCUCUGCUUGGGUGCGCUGCGCUAGCGCAGGAACGGUUUGGUUGCGCAGUAAUACGGCGAGUGUGUGAGAGACAGGGAGCCGGGCAGGUCGUUUCGCUCCCCCUUCCCGAGACGGCGGCGGCGGCGGCUAGAAGGAGGAGGCGGUUAGAGUAGCCACCGCCGCAGGAGCAGGCGGCGAUUCGAGAGGGGAUGGUGGUGCGUCUCGCAGAGGCGGUGGCCUUUGCUGCCGCCGCCGCCGCCACUGGGGCACCGAGCGCUGCUGCCUCUCCGUCCUUGCCGUGGGUGUGAAGGGAACACCCGAGACCCGACAGAGAUGAGGUAGCAUCUAUUAGCAAGUUAAAGGUGAUUGAACCAUGGCUCAGUUUCCAACACCUUUUGGGGGUAACCUGGACAUCUGGGCUGUAACUGUGGAAGAAAGAGCUAAACAUGAUCAACAGUUCCACAGUUUGAAACCAAUAUCUGGAUUUAUCACUGGUGAUCAAGCUAGGAAUUUUUUUUUCCAGUCUGGGUUACCUCAGCCAGUUUUAGCACAGAUAUGGGCUCUGGCAGAUAUGAACAAUGAUGGGAGAAUGGACCAGCUGGAAUUUUCUAUAGCUAUGAAACUUAUCAAACUAAAACUACAAGGUUAUCAGCUCCCGUCUGCUUUGCCUCCUAUUAUGAAACAGCUUCCCAUUGCCAUAUCCAGUGCACCAGGAUUUGGUAUAGGUGGCCUUCCCAGUAUGCCACCCCUUACAGCAGUUGCUCCAGUGCCAAUGGCGUCCAUUCCAGUAGUGGGAAUGUCUCCACCUUUAGUAUCUUCUGUUCCUACAGCAGCUGUGCCCCCCCUUGCUAAUGGAGCACCUGCUGUUAUCCAACCUCUGCCUGCAUUUGGUCAUCCUGCCACAUUGCCAAAGAGUUCUUCCUUCAGUAGAUCUGCUGCAGGGUCCCAGUUAAAUGCAAAACUUCAAAAGGCACAAUCAUUUGAUGUGGCUGGUGCUUCCCCAGCAGCAGAAUGGGCUGUUCCUCAGUCAUCAAGACUGAAAUAUAGGCAGCUAUUCAAUAGCCAUGAUAAAACAAUGAGUGGACACCUAACAGGUCCCCAAGCAAGAACUAUCCUUAUGCAAUCAAGCUUACCACAGACUCAGUUAGCUACAAUAUGGAAUCUUUCAGACAUCGAUCAGGAUGGAAAACUGACAGCAGAAGAGUUUAUUUUGGCUAUGCAUUUAAUUGAUAUGGCUAUGUCAGGUCAGCCAUUGCCACCUGCAUUGUCUCCGGAUUAUAUUCCUCCUUCAUUUAGAAGAGUUCGCUCUGGCAGUGGCAUAUCUGUCACAAGCUCAGUGUCUGUAGACCAAAGGUUACCAGAAGAACCAGUGUUAGAAGAAGAACAGCAGCAACUGGAAAAGAAAUUGCCGGUAACAUUUGAAGAUAAAAAACGGGAGAACUUUGAACGUGGCAAUUUGGAGCUUGAAAAGCGGAGGCAAGCCCUUUUGGAGCAGCAAAGAAAAGAGCAAGAGCGCCUUGCCCAGUUGGAAAGGGCAGAGCAAGAGAGGAAAGAACGUGAACGGCAGGAGCAGGAACGGAAAAGACAACUGGAGUUAGAAAAACAGCUAGAAAAACAACGAGAGUUGGAACGUCAGAGAGAAGAAGAAAGGAGGAAAGAAAUAGAAAGGCGUGAGGCUGCAAAAAGGGAACUUGAGAGGCAAAGACAACUUGAAUGGGAACGCAAUCGGCGGCAAGAGCUUCUGAAUCAAAGGAACAAAGAGCAAGAGGAUAUAGUUGUUCUGAAAGCCAAGAAAAAAACUUUAGAAUUUGAGCUGGAAGCUCUAAAUGAUAAAAAACAUCAACUGGAGGGCAAACUUCAGGAUAUCAGAUGCAGAUUGUCUACCCAAAGACAAGAAAUAGAGAGCACAAACAAAUCUAGAGAGCUAAGAAUUGCAGAAAUUACACAUUUGCAACAGCAGUUACAAGAGUCUCAGCAAAUGCUUGGAAGAUUGAUUCCAGAAAAGCAGUUACUCAAUGAUCACCUAAAGCAAUUUCAACAAAAUAGUUUGCAUAGAGAUUCACUUCUGACUGUCAAAAGAGCCUUAGAAGUGAAGGAAUUAGCACGUCAGCAGCUUCGUGACCAGCUGGAUGAAGUAGAAAAAGAAACCAGAUCAAAACUUCAAGAGAUUGAUAUUUUCAAUAAUCAACUAAAGGAGCUGAGGGAGAUACAUAACAAGCAGCAGCUGCAAAAACAAAAGAGUAUAGAAGCAGACAGGCUAAAACAGAAGGAGCAAGAGAGAAAGACAGAGCUGGAAAAACUGAAAGAUAGUCAGAGAAGAACCCAAGAAAGGGAGAGACAGUGGCUUGAUAGAAUACAACAGGAAGAAGAGCACCUUCGGCCAAGAAAAAUUCAAGAAGAAGAAAAGCAAAAAUGGGAAGAAAUAAGCAAAAAGAAAGAGAAUGAAGAUAAGAACAAACAGGAAGUACAAGAAAAAUUGAAUAAGCUUUUUCAUCCGUAUAAAGAUCCAGCAAAACCUGCUCUCCAAGCUCCCUGGUCAACUGCAGAAAAGGCGCCGCUGACUAUUUCUGCUCAGGAAGAUGUAAAAAUAGUAUAUUAUCGAGCACUAUAUCCUUUUGAAUCCCGAAGUCAUGAUGAAAUCACUAUCCAGCCAGGAGACAUCAUCAUGGUGGAUGAAAGCCAAACUGGAGAACCUGGAUGGCUUGGAGGUGAACUGAAGGGGAAAACAGGAUGGUUUCCUGCAAAUUAUGCAGAGAAAAUUUCUGAAAAUGAAAUUCUGAACUCUGUAAAGCCAGUAACGGAUGCUACAGCAGCACCUAAAGUUUCAUUGCGUGAAACCCCCACAACACCUCUGGCACCACCUAUUCCUGCAGAUUCAAGUUCCACUGCCAACAACUGGGCAGACUUCAGUUCAACAUGGCCAGCAAAUACUAGUGAUAAACAAGAGACUGAUAACUGGGAUGCUUGGGCAGCUCAACCUUCUCUUACUGUUCCAAGUGCAGGGCAACUGAGGCAAAGAUCAGCCUUCACCCCAGCUACUGUUACUGGAUCAUCUCCUUCUCCAGUCUUGGGUCAGGGUGAAAAAGUGGAGGGACUUCAAGCACAGGCCUUGUAUCCUUGGAGAGCCAAGAAGGACAACCAUCUUAAUUUUAACAAGAAUGAUAUCAUCACAGUAUUGGAACAGCAGGACAUGUGGUGGUUUGGAGAAGUUCAAGGUCAAAAGGGCUGGUUUCCUAAGUCAUAUGUGAAGCUUAUUUCAGGUCCUAUAAGGAAAUCAACAAGCAUGGAUUCUGGCUCUUCGGAGAGUCCAGCUAAUCUAAAGAGAACAUCACCUGUUACAAAGUCUGCAGUUUCAGGAGAAGAAUAUGUUGCCAUGUACACUUAUGAAAGCUCUGAACAAGGAGACUUAACAUUUCAACAAGGGGAUUUAAUCCUUGUUACCAAGAAGGAUGGAGACUGGUGGACAGGAACAUUGGGUGAUAAAUCUGGAGUAUUUCCAUCUAACUAUGUCAGGCUCAAAGACUCUGAGGUGUCUGGAACUGCUGGGAAAACAGGAAGCUUAGGCAAGAAACCUGAAAUAGCACAAGUUAUUGCCUCAUAUACAGCAACAGGUCCUGAACAGCUUACACUUGCUCCUGGUCAGCUAAUUCUCAUCAGGAAGAAGAAUCCUGGUGGAUGGUGGGAAGGAGAGCUCCAAGCACGUGGGAAAAAACGGCAGAUAGGAUGGUUUCCUGCUAACUAUGUGAAGCUCUUAAGCCCUGGUACUAGUAAAACUACACCAACUGAACCACCUAAAUCCACAGCAUUACCUUCAGUGUGCCAAGUAAUUGGUAUGUAUGACUACAUUGCACAAAAUGAUGAUGAAUUAGCAUUCAGCAAAGGCCAGAUCAUUAACGUCCUUAAUAAGGAAGAUCCCGACUGGUGGAAAGGAGAAGUGAAUGGGCAUGUGGGUCUCUUCCCAUCCAACUAUGUGAAACUGACCACAGAUAUGGACCCAAGCCAGCAAUGGUGUGCUGAUUUGCACCUCUUGGACAUGUUGACUCCUACUGAAAGAAAACGGCAGGGGUACAUCCAUGAACUCAUUGUAACAGAAGAGAACUAUGUGAAUGACCUGCAGUUAGUAACCGAGAUCUUCCAGAAGCCCUUGAUGGACUCUGAGCUGCUGACAGAAAAAGAGGUUGCUAUGAUUUUUGUGAAUUGGAAAGAGCUCAUUAUGUGCAAUAUUAAACUACUGAAAGCACUGCGUGUUCGUAAGAAAAUGUCGGGAGAGAGGAUGCCCGUAAAAAUGAUAGGAGAUAUCCUGACAGCUCAGCUUCCUCACAUGCAGCCUUACAUUCGAUUCUGUAGCUGUCAGCUUAAUGGGGCAGCCCUCAUCCAGCAGAAAACAGAUGAAGUUCCCGACUUCAAGGAAUUUGUUAAAAGGUUAGCUAUGGAUCCUCGCUGUAAAGGGAUGCCAUUGUCGAGCUUUCUGCUAAAGCCUAUGCAACGAGUAACACGAUAUCCUCUAAUCAUUAAAAAUAUAUUAGAAAAUACUCCUGAAAAUCACCCUGAUCACAGUCACUUGAAGCAUGCUUUGGAGAAAGCAGAAGAGCUGUGUUCCCAAGUUAAUGAAGGUGUGCGUGAGAAGGAAAACUCAGACAGACUAGAGUGGAUCCAAGCUCACGUUCAGUGUGAAGGACUAUCGGAGCAACUUGUUUUUAAUUCUGUCACAAACUGCUUGGGACCACGCAAAUUUCUGCACAGCGGGAAGCUCUAUAAGGCCAAGAGCAACAAGGAAUUGUAUGGCUUUCUGUUCAACGACUUCCUCCUGCUGACACAGAUCAUAAAGCCUCUUGGCUCGUCUGGCACAGACAAGGUCUUUAGCCCCAAGUCUAAUCUGCAAUAUAAAAUGUACAAAACACCCAUAUUUCUGAACGAGGUCUUGGUAAAACUUCCCACAGAUCCUUCUGGAGAUGAGCCCAUCUUCCAUAUCUCUCACAUUGAUCGAGUCUACACACUUCGUGCAGAAAGCAUAAAUGAAAGGACGGCUUGGGUUCAGAAAAUCAAAGCUGCUUCUGAACUGUACAUAGAAACUGAGAAGAAGAAGAGGGAAAAGGCUUACUUAGUGCGGUCCCAAAGGGCAACAGGCAUUGGAAGAUUAAUGGUGAAUAUUGUUGAAGGUAUCGAACUGAAACCCUGCAGAUCCCAUGGAAAGAGUAACCCAUAUUGUGAAGUUACGAUGGGCUCUCAAUGUCAUAUCACCAAGACUAUACAGGACACUCUCAACCCUAAGUGGAAUUCAAACUGCCAGUUCUUUAUCAAAGAUUUAGAACAAGAUGUGCUCUGCAUAACAGUUUUUGAGAGGGAUCAGUUCUCCCCAGAUGACUUCUUAGGCCGCACAGAAAUCCGCGUAGCAGAUAUUAAGAAAGACCAAGGCUCAAAGGGACCUGUUACAAAGUGUCUUCUUCUGCAUGAAGUUCCAACGGGAGAGAUAGUUGUCCGACUGGAUCUGCAGUUGUUUGAUGAACCCUAAAAGGAGAUGCUUCAUCUAAACUGAAAUUGCUGUAAUAGGUGUCUGCAAAAUCUAUCUAGAAAUCCUCAUUCCUUUUAUAUGAAACAAAUAUUUGUCCUCCAGAUGUAAAGGGGGUGACACAACUACAAAACUAUUUAUUUCUGAGUAAUCCUUGCAGACAACUGAAUUCCAAGGAAAAUGUUACUUUUGGUUUUGUUUUGUUUUCUGUGAAACUUUUGCUGUAGUUUUUGGGAUUUCUAGAAUAAUGGAAUUGUAGCCAGUGUUCUGAUACUGGAAAACGAAACACUGCACCUCCUCCAAGUGCAGUAACCUACAGUGUAAACAAGAGGUUGCUGCUGAUGCCCCCCCACCCCGACUUUCUGUAAAUUUUACCUAGAAAUGUUGUGCCUAUCGCCCCACAGAGUGGUGUAUAAACAUAAUGUGAAUAUAUGUAUAUAGAAAAUGCAUAUGACAUGAAUGAAUUCUUGCCAUGUAAGAUAACUGGAUUUCUUUUAGGAAGUUUGUGAUAUUUGAACCUGUUUUCAAAAAAGAAAAGAAAAAAAAAAGGAGAGAAUAUUCAGAUUUGAAGCUUAAAUGGCAGUUGCUCAUAGUCUGUAUGUAAUGCUUAUGAGAGCUAAAUUGCAGAUUUCAUUUUGAAAGUAUGGGUGAGUUUACAUGAGCAGCAGAAAGUAAGGUAGCAGGAACCCAGCAGAUGUGAGCUCCUGGCAAGCUGUAUGCAUUUUGUAUUCUUCUGAACCCGCCAGUGUCCACUUCCUCAUCUCACUUCCCUCCUGCCACCCAACAUCUGUAACCAACAUUUGAAGUUGGGCAGUGAAUGUUGGGUGGUGGAGGGAAGUGCAGCUGGUGAGCUGGACACCAGCUAGGUUCAUACUACAGGAAAUGCAUGCAACUUGUGGCUCACGCUAGGAGCACUCACUCACCAGGAACCUCCCAAUUCCUGCCAUCUGACUUGCUGCCAGUCAUGUGAACCUGCCCUCUUUGUUAAAAAGCAGCAAAUGUUUUGAGGAUUAAGAAUUGAAUUACUGGUUUAGGACUCCACUGUAUUACCUACUGUAAAUCAGUCUCCUUAGUGGGUGAGCUUUUAAAUCAAGACCAAUGCCUUUUGUUUACCAUCUACAUUGGGAUAUUUUUUGCUCCCAAAAUAGUGUCUCAUCCAGUUAUGGUUCCAGUGGGGUUGUAGACUGCUUAUCAACUUAGCAAUAGUAAUGGAAUACUGCUGUGUGUUGCAUUGUGCUGCUGAAACAAUAUUUAAACGGUUGUUGAAUUAGCAACAAGCCAGUGAGGGAAGGGCCCAGCUGUGAUAAAGAAUCAUCUGCUGUGGCUCAGACAAGCUAAUUUAGACUCCAUCAAGGCAAGGCUGAAAAAGCAGUCAGAAGGGACUAAUUUAUUAAAUUGUACUGUGCCUAAACAAGAUGACUUUGACACCAUAGUUUUGAAAUCAGGGUGGUAGCAUACUGUAGCUCAUCAAGCUGUUAACUGAAAGCCUGGUUCAUUGCAAAUUUGUCAGUUUCAACAUUAGGUGUGAUGAGAUUUUGCAAGGUGAGUGAUCCCAGGGUGAAAGGGAUAUGUCAUGUUGCAAAUGUAAGGAUUAUCUUACACAGUGACCCACUUAGAAUGCACUUGAUUCAGCAAAGUGCUUUGAAAUCAUUUGAUCUGAACAAAAUAAAUGUGUUCUUAAGAAUGUUGCUGAACUAGGAACAAUGUCAAUGGCAGAAUAUUGGGAAUGUGUUAAUUCUGGUACUAAGUACAUUCAUUCUUUUUUGUUUGUUUGUUUUUGUUUCCAGUCCUUCAGUUGGUUACCCACAGAUCAUGCAUAAAUGGGUAUUUUUGUAGCACUGUUCAGAAUGGGAGGUGUUGAUUGUACUGUUAGCAUGUCAAUGUUUUUGUGAGACGUGUUGGCUUUGCUGUUCUUUGCAUGUCAUUUUGGUAUCAGUUUUCACGUUUGCUGUAGAGAUGGUGUUCUCUAGCACAGCAAAUCUUAUAAUUUCCAUUAGGAAAUUAUGGUAGCUUUAUACUUGAUAGGUAGAUACCGCCUGGUGAUAAGUGUAAACUGUGCUUGAAAGUGUCUGUGUGCUUUUAUGUCCAAGGAGACCACUGUAUUAUUUGACAAUUAUUUUUUAAAAAUCGUGUGUGUUGGAGGGACGAAAAAGUUUACAUUUCAUACUUUUAAGAAUCACUUUAUUAUUUAUUUAUUGAAGAUAGUGUAGAAUUUUGUAUCAGAAAUGACAUACUUAUGUAUUUUUUGAACAGAGAACCACAGUUUAGUUAGAAACUUUCAAUUGACCAAGUUUUAAAGGAAGUUCAACUUACAGGCAUGCAAUUGUUUACCACUGAACUGGGUGAAAACACAAUUUAAAAAAAAAAUUUAAGUUUCUAUUUUUCAAUGUUAUAAAGAUGUUUGAAUUAAAAUAUGUAAAUAGAACUAAACCCAUGCUUUUUUCCCAUAUCAGUACAUUUUAUGAAAUAUAAUGUAUAUGAAAAUAACACAUUGUUGUGGUAGAGGAAAAAAGGUGAAAAUCCUUUAGUGGUGGAAGAAUAUUAAAUGUCAUUGUUCUAACCUUC